AAUGGCAGUUACGCAUUGCGUAAAAUGAUUAUAGCUCAACAACAGGAUCCAGAGAAAUUUUUAAAUUCAAAAUAACACCCAUUAGAGUGAAUUUAUAACAUAUCUUAGCAAUCACACUUAUUUUAGUGCUGCUAUUUUUACGCAAUGACAUAAUUAAAAUACUAUUUAAAUAUUAGGCAUUAAAUCAUAAAUUGGAAAGAUUUUUAUGUAGUCUUUAGUUGGAUGGCUUCAGUAAUCUCAACAGUCAGUGACAACAAAUAUUGCUCCAUAGCCAUAUCUAAGCUCCAGGUUUCACAGUUAAACACAUCGAAUUGCAUUUUCAUGAUUUUAUGCUACUAUAUGCGGCCUACUGCAUCAUUAAUUAUUCUCACUUGUGUCCAAGUAGAACUCAUUCAUUCUGGGGGUAUUAAGGUUAUACCAAACGGUCACCCUACCCAAUAUUUGUCAAAUAAAAUCUUGCUCUCAAAUCUUAUUAAUCAAGUGGAUAACUCUUCGAAAUUCGAAAUGGUUUGUUGUGAACCAACCAAUGAAUAACCUUUUCAGGUGCUUCGAUAAAAAGUUGAAUCUAUGCUGUAGGCUUCCAUCAGCAUGAAAAACACACGCGUGUGUCCUCUUCAACGUUUUUUCUGAACUAAUAUUUACUCCUUUUAACCUAUGUCAGUGCGAUUCACUACACAGUUCCUUCAUUUCCCUUGAAAGAGGGAAAUUUCCCUUGAUGCCGGAUCGGCCGUGGCGGAUUAACAACGACCGCGCUUCC